AUGGGGUCCCAAGACCAAACCACCACAACGCCCGGGCCGUCGCAACCCAGCUCGGCGACGCCAGCGAACCCAGCGCCAACUUUUCCAAUCACCCCACCUGUGCUGAGUUCAAGCGGCUCUCUUGACGAUAACUAUGUUGUCUUCAACCGCGAGGACACCUUGGCCAUUCUUACCAAUAGAACUGAGGGUGUCACACUCGACAAGACGCUGAACUUCAGCGAAAGCACCUUGUUCAUCUACGCAGAAAAGGUAACCCUCGCCAGUAGCAAGAUCGCAAUCCCAGGCAAGAAUCUUGGCAUCUUCUGCAACCAGCUCGUCAUCGACAAGUCGUGUAAUGGCCAUGCUUGUAUCGACGUCUCCGGCGAGGACGGGAAUGUCGGAGUGUCCAAGGCCGUCGGCAAGACAGCCGCGGCCGGGUCAACAAAUACGGCUCCAGUGGCGACCACGAUUGAGCCACCAACACCGACUGUAGAUGCGGCUGCGCCAGCCGGUAUUGCAGCAACCGCAGCUGCAUCCAGUUCGGCAUCAAAUGGACAGACUGGCGGCGACGCUGGUGCCAUUUGGCUCUACGUCGAGGCCCCAGAUCCGGACCUCAACACCACGCUCACCUUGAAGGCGUUUGGAGGUGACGGGGGGAAAGGAGGAAAUGGCAGCACUGCGGGUAACGGAGGAGACGGUGGCACUUGCGGAAAUUUGCGAUGCUACAUCGGAUCUGAGCCACUGCGCUAUGGAUUGUACUUGACCACGACAACGGACCAGUACAAGAAGCCGUGGGUCUUGUGGAUCGACGACGUCAACACAAACCUAUCCGCUACACUCACCACGACCCUCUUGGCCGACGGCGUUGAUGGAACCGUGCUCACCGCAUGGGCGACGAUGGUGUCAAGCAUGUCGCAGUUGCAUCUGUCGGCAACGAACCUCCAGACCCAACUGGCCGAUCUCGUCCGGAUCGAUAAUCCCCUAAGCGUCACCCCGAUUCCGGGGCCAGCUACCAUGAAAAGUGCCAAGGCGCUCCUCGUUGCUCUUCGAAAGCUUAGGGAUAGCAGUGGUGGGCCAGGAAACCCGGAUGGGUCAGAAGCAACAGCAAUGAACCAUUUGGCCGCGCAAUGUAAGAACUUUGUGGGUGGUGUACAGAACGAAGAGAAUCUGCAGACGGCCCUGGCUGCGGUAACGACGAUGGUCACCAACCUCACUGUCGCCUAUUCGGCACCAUCGCCACUGCGGGAUCAACUAUCCACUCUUAUGGACUGUCUGCAGAUAGCUGCCGACACGCAGAAAGACAGUUUUAUCGAAACCGUUUGCCAACUUGCCGGUGGUAAAGGGGGCGCAGGAGGAAGUGGGCUGACCGCCGCCGAGUCCAGCGGCGCGCGUGGCACCGAUCAACCAGACAACCAUGCCGAGGCCUUCUUUGUCUCGUUGGUCGGGACCCGGGCCGAUUGCAACAUUGACCAAGCAUUUGCCUGCCCCGAACAAUGCCAGAUGAUACUCGAAGCCGCCGACGCCUUGUACUUCACCAACGACCGAAACAAGUUUCCAGAGGCAAUGAAACUGUACAACAAGCUCACAGAGCGAUUGGGAUUCUUGGAUGUCAUGCUCAGGGGCGAUGGUGCCCCUAUCGGGUGCGCUCUUACAACGGCCCUGGAAUGGCUUUCGUCCUACUACAACUUGACAACAGAGCCCAUUUCACAGCUCAAUCGCAUCUACAAGACCGCUGAACGGCGUCUGAGCAGCAUGAUUCUCAACCAGGAUAUCUGGGGGCACUCCGCGACUUGGGUGCCUCGUCUCUCGUUGGCCUACUACCAGGCCCGCGUCCCAACCAUGAUCGCCACCUUUGAGGCCCUCGAGAAGGUGUUUUCGAAGUAUGCAAAGGCCGAUCAGAAGCAACAACUCGCGCAGGAUCAAGUCGACACAGCACAGACGUCCAACACAGCCAUGGAAGACGCCGCAAAUAGUCAGAUCCAAGACAUCACCAAUACUGGAGGAGAGCUCGACGUUGCGCUCGCCGCUAUUCUCGUCUUCACGCCACAGAUGCAAAUCGCGCAACAACAGCUCAGCACCGCUCUCGAGACAUUCACCGACGACAUACAGAACAAGUUCGACGUCACGCCGGAUCUUGUCCUCAAUGCGCUGUCUACGCUGUGCAUGGCACCGGACGAACUGACCACCGGCGUUCAAGGCGUCAAUGUCGCAUAUCAGUCCUGGACCACCAUUGCCAACAACAAAAACAACAGGGUCAACAAGAGCUAUAUCGUCCAGCAGCUGGGGCAGUGCCAAGGGACCAUCAGCAGUCUUGUCAACACGUUCCAGAUUCUCGACCCCGGCGAUCUCACCGCCGACCAGCCCGACUACGCCAAAAUCUUUGCAACAAAUGACACCAUCACCAAGCUCAUCAAGAACUUUAGCGCCCAAAUCCCAACCGCAACUUCGGCCGCCGUCACGGCGGAUCUCAAAAACUUUAUCAAUCUAGUAACGCAACGCAACGACGCCGUGGUCAACUACAACGCCCUUGUCCAGACGGUCCUGCAGCUAGAGAACAUUGUCGCCGGCUGUGCCGGCGAAUCCGCCACUCUGGGAACCGAGGCUCUCAACUUUGAUCCCGCGCUGCCUACCAUCUACUUUUGGCUGAAGCGACUCAUGUGCCAGAAUCAACUGCAGAUCAUGGAGGAGCUCAAUUGCCAGGCUCGAGCACUCGCCUUCUGGGGGCCCAUGGAUAUCGACACCGUUUCUUUCUCAACGCCCGGGCCCAUGAACGGCUCCAUCAAUCUGCUGAACUACCAAAGCCAACUGAGUUCCAAGUUUGAGAGCUGUUUCGAUACGUUCCAGUCGGGCGGUUGGUCAUCCUGGCCGGAGUCCAAGAAUUUCUUGGAGCAGGGCAUCAUCGUCCAGCUGGAUAGUGACACGCUCAGCGAUAUCAAGGACCCCACAAAGAACUACACAGCCAUGUUUCCUAUCACACCUGCUUCGAGCCCGAGCUUCAGUGAUAUGGUCAAUGUGCGUCUGACCCAGGUCAGAGUCUGGUUGUUGGGAGCCACUGUUGGGUUGAACACGCCAAACAACACAAACAACUCGAAUAACACGAAUAACACGAGCUCGCCGAGCCAGACAGCGGCACCCAACACAUCCCAGGUCACUACCAGUUCUUCUCCAGCCGCCACAACCCCCAACACAACUUCCACCACCGGCUCAACGCCCACGCCCUUGCCCGCGACAGGCCAAACCUCCAUCACCAACUCCUCCCACCCCCUCAGAAUCGAAAUCCUCCAGUCCGGCGGCGAAGUCAUCUGGUCACCAGACGGCAAGCCUCACGCUUUUUCGCACACCCCAGUAUCUCUGCAAUUCUCCUACGAAACCACCAUAUUCAACCAGAAAGGCAAAUGCAGCGGCGACCCCAAGCUCGUCUAUGACAUCCAGGACAUCCAAUACGACUACGCUGGCAGACCUAACCUUCCGGGUGUCAACGAGAAGCCACCCAUUGGGCCGUUUUGCGACUGGACAGUGCAGGUCAGAGAAGAUGCCAAUCCAGGAUUGGAUUUGAGUAGUGUGACGGCUGGGUAUAUUGAGUUUUGUGGUCGCAAUAUGGCAUUAAAUGAGGGUAGUACGUUGGACCUGCACACCGAGCAUUUGUGGGGUGAGAGGAUCAAGGCGACGUGA